GGGAAAAGAGACAGACAGAGACACAGAGCACGGCCACCUGUCUUCUGUGUGCCUUUAACUAUGACUGAGGCAGAGCUGUACACGCAGUACAGAGGGGUCCUGGUACAACAUGGAUGCAGGAGAUUGUCCCUCUGAUCAUGAGUGGAGGAGAUCCAGCUUCUGUUGAGACUCUUCCUAACUGGGACCGUGUUCCCUGGCUGGAGGAGAACCGGGCCUGCAACCUUAACCUUGAAGAGAGGCCGUCUCCACGAAUGUGUACAACACAUUUCCUGUACAACAUGAUGCCUCCAUCUUUCUUCAAAGUGAAGCCAAAGGUUACCUAUGUGAUGAGGAACCCCAAAGAUGUGUUUACAUCUUUGUUUCACUAUCACGGGAUGGCAUCCUUCCUGUCAAACACAGGCACACAGAAUGAAUUCCUCCAUAAAUUCCUCGAUGGAAAAGUCAUGUUUGGCUCAUGGUUUGAUCAUGUGAAGAGCUGGCUGAAUGCUGAAGCUAAAGAGCACAUCAUGUACAUCUCCUAUGAAGAGAUGAUUAUGGACCUGAAGGACUCUGUGGCCAGAAUCGCUCAGUUCUUGCAGAAAUCUCUGGACGCUGAGGUGAUAGAGAAGAUAGUAGACCGAUGUUUGUUGAAGAACAUGAAGAAGAACAACAUGUCAAAUUACUCUGUUGUUCCUCGUGAAAUCAUGGACCAGACAAAGUCAGAAUUUCUCAGGAAAGGGAUUGCUGGAGACUGGAAAAACCAACUAACAGUGGCAGAAGCAGAGUACUUUGAUGCUGUUUACAAAGACAAAAUGAAAGAUGUCAAAUAUAAAUUUGUAUGGGAUUAAAACUAACGAAUAAAAGUCUUCACUAUA